CGCCAACGUACUCACCUAGUUGACAAAACACCUCUGUCGAAAUAAUCCGGAUCGAAUCGAGUUUGUUCAUCAAAAGUCCAUGAUCGUCUCCCGUCAAACUUGAGAUUGACAAGUCGACGUCCCUCUUUCAAAGCCCAACAACUCAACUCGAGAGUACCAGGCUUAUACAGUCAGAUUUCCCAAAUCACGCGCCUUGGCUAGCGUGUAGGCACCGAUAGAGACUCCCCCCCUCUCUCUUUCUGUGGGUGUAUACGACAUUCUAAGCCAAAAGACGAAUGAAAAGCACAUGAGCCUUUUUCAAAUCAAUUUGUGGUUCGGUGGCCUAUCUCAUACCACCUUCCAGCCAUGAACGCAACCAGACUGCGCAAAGCGUUCAAAUACCCGUCCGAUGAUGAUGGGACUGAUGUAUCGCACGACGAAAUGGAUGAACAAGAACAAGAAACCCUCCUCACAAAACUACGAGCCUCGGAAUCCUCCACAAACGCACAAUACAGGCUCAUCUUCACGGCGCUUCCGCUGGUCGUCACGCUCCCCUUUAUUUGGUACCUCUUCAUCGCCACUUCGCGCAUCAUGGCGUUGUUGUGUUUGUUGAGCGUCACGUCCCUCGGCUCGAGCGCUUACAUGAUGUCAUUCAUGCCCGUCUCUUCUGCUCCUACAUCACCCUCGACAGGCUCAAAAUCAACAUCGGGACGGCCGCCACCACCGAGUGUGGUGUUUGGGACUGGCAUGAGCACCGCUUCAGGUUCCGGAAAGAAUUUCUUGUCCUUCUUCGCGACCAGCGCCGAAGACGGUCCCGUCAAGCAAUACCUGCCCUAUAUGAACGUGGCCAUAUGUGGGAUUCUCCUCCUGGCCGCCGUGGGAUACAGGGCGCGGGCGGACGUCCCGGAGGGGUUGUGGCUGUUUCUGGUCCUGCCGGCCGUGAUAUUCGGCAUGGUCGUCAUGGCGAGACGGAGCAUCGGGGAGAUCCAGAUGGGUUUGAGGGAGCUGCAGGGCAUGAGGUACGAGUACAAGGGUGCAUGAUCCCCCCACCGUGCCCUACCCUACCAUAUGCUCUUUUUGUAAUAUGGUGCCUCUUCUCCACGGAGCACUCACGGCGUAUCUGAGAUUGUCGUCAUGGGAGAUAUUAUGUCAUGUCUUUACGUACCUCACAGAGUGGUCGAAAUUGUGGUCGUUUCAUGUCACAUCUAAGCUAGCAUCUAAAUCAUUCCUCG